AAUUGCGUGUAGAUUUUGCCAAUAUACAAUUUCUUACAUCAUUUCAUUGCAAAUACUUUGAAUAAAAGAUAGAUUCAACAAAUUAAACCUAAUUACCACUUGCCAGUCUUCGUGAAUCGAGAGUAGCACACAUCUCUAUACGACCGGGGAGUUGUUGCUUGUUUUUCUGUGAUGAAUAAUAAUUUAACAAUUUUAUUCGUUUUUGUAUAAACAUUUUUAAUUUGUUUUUAUUAUUGUACAACGUUUUUAAAUCAAUAUGUGGAAGGCGCAAGCAGGAAUUCAAAUUAACAUGAAAGAUGCCCCAAGUAAGGACGAUGACUGGGAAACGGACCCGGAUUUUGUAAAUGAUGUAAAUGAAGUGGAGCAAAGAUGGGGCUCCAACACUAUAGAGGGAUCGGGUCGCACAGCCGGAGCUAUCAAUAUGGACCAACUACGCAAAGAAACCGAAGAAGCUGACGCUUUAAAAAAGAAGAAGGAAUUGAUUGAUGGCCCAAAUUCCGCCUUUGGUUACGGUGGAAAGUUUGGUGUUCAACAAGAUCGUAUGGAUGUGUCGGCAGUAGGGCACGAUUAUGUCGGUAAAGUUGAAAAGCACGCUUCACAGAAGGAUUACAGUACAGGAUUCGGCGGUAAAUACGGUGUACAAAGCGAUAGGGUUGAUAAGAGUGCCCUUGCCUGGGAUCAUAAAGAAAAAAUAGAGAAGCAUGCAUCUCAGAAAGAUUACAGUUCGGGCUUUGGUGGAAAAUUUGGUAUUCAAUCUGAUCGUCAGGAUAAAUCGGCAAUGGGUUGGGAUCAUGUGGAAAAAUUGGAAAAGCACGAGUCACAGAAAGAUUAUAGCAAAGGUUUUGGUGGAAAAUUUGGAGUACAAACCGACCGUCAGGAUAAAUCAGCUGUUGGGUGGGAUCACCAUGAAGCCGCUCAUAAACACGAAAGUCAGACUGACCAUAAAAUCGGUUUUGGUGGAAAAUUUGGCAUUCAAACUGAUCGAAUGGAUAAAUCAGCGGCCACAUUUGGCGACGAACCAGGUUCCGUUGGUACUAAUUACUGUAAAACGAAACCCGAUAUUGGUUCAGCUAAACCCUCGGAACUUCGCGCUCGAUUUGAAAAUUUGAAAACUGAAGACAGUAAUCCUUACGUGUCUCAGCCGGUUACUAUUUCAAAAACAAAUGUACAGUCUCGAACAGCCGCAUUUAACUGCCCAGUAGUCGAGCCACAAGCUCCACCCACUGUAGAUAGAAGACCUAAACAAUUGGACGAAUCCAAAACUGCAUUCUUGCAGCAAGGCGGCGAUGCCGAAUCUUUGUCUAGCAUGCCGAAAAAUACACCAGGCCAGCUGGACCAAUCUAAACUGACACAGUUCACUCGAAGGUCAACAAGUGAAAGUACAGCAACGAAUCAGGUUCAUGAAGAAUUAGAACAAUUGCGACUAAUGCAGCAACAAAAAGUCCAAACAGAAUCCCAGACCGAAAUGCCAAAGCAAGAAGUUUAUCAAAAUGUGGAGGAACUUCGUACCGAAUCACCAGUUUACAAGGAAACUAGCGAAGGUCAAAAUACUGCCCUUCAAGAAGAUCUACAGUAUGAAAUCGUCGAUACUGAUCUUACGGCUAUCGCAGUUUAUGAUUAUCAAGCAGGUGCUGAAGAUGAAAUAUCGUUCGAUCCGGAUGAUAUUAUUACGCACGUUGAAAAGAUUGACGAAGGAUGGUGGAGAGGAAUGUGCAAAGGCAAACACGGCUUAUUCCCUGCGAAUUAUGUGCAACUGCAAUAGCUUUGGAUAUUGGGUUAAAUUUUUAUAUGUACUUAAUGUAUUUUAGAUAAUACUUCAUACAUAUUUUUGAUUUUAGUCAGUAAACUAUGGUUCAUUGCGACAUUAUUUUUAUAUGUAUAUUAUGGUGCAAUAUGGCCUAUUUUAUAUAUUUUUAAUUGUACAAAUUUAAUUCAUUCAUUUUUUUAUCUAAAAA